AUGAAUAGUACGAGUCCUUUCGCGGUGAAUCUUGGUGCUGCGAAUGCAUAUCUCGAUGGAGAACGAAUUAUAUCUGUGGCAAAGGAACAGGGCUGUGAGGCUUUACAUCCAGGAUAUGGAUUUUUGAGUGAGAAUUCGGCGUUUGCGAAAAGAUGUGUGGAAGAAGGGUUGGUGUUUAUUGGGCCGCCUUGGAAGGCUAUUGAGGCUAUGGGAAAUAAAUCUAGAAGUAAGGAUAUUAUGAUUAAGGCGGGUGUACCUUGUAUACCUGGAUAUCAUGGGGAGAAUCAAGAACCUGAACACCUUUUAAAUGAGGCUCGCAAGAUUGGUUUCCCUGUUAUGGUGAAGGCUGUAAAGGGUGGUGGUGGAAAAGGUAUGCGCAUUGCUCAGACGGAAGGAGAAUUUCUUGAGAAAUUGGAGAGUGCGAAGAGUGAAGGAAGGAAUUCUUUUGGAGAUGAUGUUAUGUUGGUUGAGAAGUAUAUUGCUACGCCAAGACAUAUUGAGGUACAAGUUUUUGCCGAUAAGCAUGGUCAAGCAGUUGCUUUGGGUGAGAGGGAUUGUAGUUUACAAAGACGGCAUCAAAAGAUCUUGGAAGAGGCGCCGGCACCAAAUUUAGCUGAGGAUAUUCGUCAGGAUCUUUGGGAGAAAGCUAGAGCUGCUGCGCUUGCUGUUGGAUAUGAGGGUGCAGGUACAGUUGAAUUUAUAUUCGACAAUGAUACUAAUGAGUUUUUCUUCAUGGAAAUGAACACUAGGCUACAGGUCGAACAUCCUGUUACUGAAGAAAUCACUGGAGAAGAUCUCGUAUCAUGGCAAUUCAAAGUUGCUGCCGGUGAACCAUUACCACUCAAUCAAGAAACGAUAGCUCAAAGAAUAUCUGAACGUGGAUGGGCCCUUGAAGCUCGGAUAUAUGCCGAGAAUCCAGAUCAAAAUUUCAUGCCUGAUUCUGGCAAGCUUGUUCAUUUACGAACACCUAAACUAUCGGAAAGUGUGCGAAUAGACGCAGGUUUCGUACAAGGGGAUACAGUCUCAUCUAACUAUGAUGGUAUGAUUGCAAAACUUAUCGUGAGCGGCCCGACUCGAGAAGUUGCCAUACGAAAACUUCAUGCAGCUUUACAAAAUUACGAAGUAGUUGGUCUAAGUACCAAUAUCGAGUUUUUGAAGAAAAUUUGCAAAAGCCCUGCUUUCAUUCGAGGUGAUGUUGAAACUGGAUACAUACAAAAACACCACGAUGAGCUUUUCACGAAUGAGAUCAUUGAGCCUGAAGCAUUUGCUCAAGCUGCUUUGGGUAUCUUAUCUCAAGAACUUUCCGCCGCGAGCUCAAAGUCAACUCAAGGUCCUCAUGGUGAAGCCAUUGGUUUUAAUUCUCACAUUCAACGCGAAUUUAGUUUCACAAAACCUAUCAUCCAACCAUCAAGUGAUAAACCAGACAUAUACCACGUAACCAUCGAUCAAUCCGACCGCAACUUAUACGACCUCACGGUCAAAGGACCCAAUAUUGAAAAAUCAUACACAAAUGUCAUCAGUGAACCAAAAUCCCCUACUAUCUCAACAUUCUUCCCACAUACCAGAAUUGAGAGUACGUUGAUCCGACAAGAUGACAAGAUCACACUCUUUCAACAAGGAAAACAGAUACAGCUGCAAUUGGCGACGCCGGGAUGGUAUGAGAAAGCAUUGGGCUUGAAGGAUGUGAGGAAUAGUGUGGUGGCUCCGAUGCCAUGUAAGGUUUUGAGAAAUGAGGUUAGAGAAGGAGAUGAGGUAGAGGAGGGACAGGCAUUGGUUGUCAUCGAGAGUAUGAAGAUGGAAACGGUGAUUCGAAGUCCACAGAAAGGAGUCGUUGCUAAAUUGGUGCAUAAGGAAGGGGAUAUCUGUAAAGCGGGUACUGUGCUUGUGCUUUUUGAAGAGGUGAGUUGUAUCCUUUCUUUCUGCUUUCCUGGAUCUUGA